ACGGACUACCUACCUACCUACUACUAUCCUCUGGCUUAUUCCUCCAUGUCAGCUUUCCCAGUUAAUCUCUAAUCAGUCAAAUCUACUCUUCAUAUUCAACCCGAUUUCUUCAUUUUCAACCCGAUUUCUUCUCUCCAAAUGGAUUAUCUCGCAAAUAUGACCAAUGAUCAGUCCAGAAAAUUCAAAAUGGUAAUUGAGUUGCUUGAGGGCAUCCAUUUUGUUUCUUCUGUGGAGGCCAUUUCUCUUGGUGUUCAAGCUGGGAUUCAUCCUUGGAUAUUAUACGACAUUAUAUCGAACGCUGCCGGAAACUCAUGGAUAUUCAAGAAUCACAUCCCACAUCUAUUACAGGGGAAUCAAAUCAAAGAUAACUUCUUAAAUGCUUCAACUCAAAAUUUGGGGACUGUUUUGGACACGGCCAAGUCACUUAUAUUCCCUCUUCCACUCCUGGCUGCUGCUCAUCAACAAUUCCUAGCAGGCUCUAGACAUGCAGAUGCAGAUGGUCUUGAUGGUUUGAAGGUUUGGGAAAGAAUACUUGGCGUGCAGAUUGCGAAUGCGGCAAAUGCAGAAACUUACAAUCCCGAAAUAUUGGCAAAUCAACUUAGUGCAAAAUCAAAACGACCAAAUAAAAUUGGUUUUAUUGGUCUAGGAGCAAUGGGAUUCGGCAUGGCAACUCAUCUUCUGAAAUCGAAUUUCUGUGUCCAAGGUUAUGAUGUAUAUAAGCCAAGUCUCUCUAGGUUUGCAGAUGCUGGUGGCCUGAUUGGAAACUCCCCUGUUGAAGUAUCGAAAGAUGUAGAGGUUCUCAUUCUCAUGGUCACAAAUGAAGUUCAAGCAGAAAGUGUUCUAUAUGGUGUUGACGGGGCCGUGCCAGUUCUUCAACCUGGAGCAUCCAUUGUCCUUUCAUCCACAGUUUCUCCUGCUUUUGUUAGUCGGCUUGAGCUGCGCUUAGAAAACGAGCAUAAGGGUUUUAAAUUGGUUGACGCUCCUGUAUCUGGUGGUGUCAAAAGGGCUUCUGAAGGAACACUUACGAUUAUGGCGUCAGGUGCAGAUGAAGCUCUAGAGCAUGCUGGUUCAGUUCUUUCAGCAUUAAGCGAGAAGCUAUAUGUGAUUAAAGGGGGUUGUGGAGCUGGAAGUGGUGUAAAGAUGGUCAAUCAACUGCUAGCUGGAGUUCAUAUAGCAUCAGCAGCUGAAGCAAUGGCCUUUGGAGCUCGAUUGGGUUUAGAUACAAGAAUCUUGUUUGAUGUCAUAAAAGAUAGUGAAGGAACAUCUUGGAUGUUUGAGAAUCGUGCUCCGCACAUGGUGGACAAUGAUUAUACACCCUUAUCUGCACUUGAUAUCUUCGUGAAGGAUCUGGGUAUUGUGUCUCGGGAAUGUGCAUCACGUAGAGUUCCACUUCACAUAUCUACUGUUGCACUCCAGUUGUUCUUAUCAGGUUCUGCUUCUGGGUGGGGACGCUUGGAUGAUUCAGCUGUUGUUAAGGUUUAUGAGACACUAACAGGCGUCAAGGUUGAAGGAAAAAUUCCUGUCAUUAAUAAAACAACUGCCUUGAAAUCUCUUCCAUCAGAAUGGGCACUGGAUCCACUGGAUGACAUACGCAGACAGGAUAAUAACUUGAAGACUUUGGUUGUUCUGGAUGAUGAUCCAACUGGGACACAAACUGUCCAUGAUGUUGAUGUAUUGACAGAAUGGAAUGUGGAGUCACUUGUUGAACAGUUGAGAAGUAGACCUAAAUGCUUUUUUAUUUUGACAAACUCCCGUGCCUUGAGCUCUGAUAAGGCUAGCGCACUCAUAACAGAUAUUUGCCAAAACCUGUGUACGGCUGCAAAGUCAGUGGGAAACAAUGACUACACAGUGGUUUUACGUGGUGAUUCGACAUUAAGAGGACAUUUUCCCGACGAACCUGAUGCAGCUGUUUCGGUACUAGGGGAGAUGGAUGCUUGGAUUAUUUGCCCCUUCUUUUUGCAAGGAGGUCGUUUCACCAUCGAUGAUGUACAUUAUGUUGCUGAUUCCGAUCGGCUUACUCCUGCAGGAGAUACCGAGUUUGCUAAAGAUGCUUCAUUUGGAUAUAAAUCUUCAAACCUGCGUGAGUGGGUUGAGGAGAAAACUGGAGGACGUAUACCGGCUAGCAGUGUUUCAUCAGUCUCCAUUCAAUUGUUACGCAAUGGUGGACCUAGUGCAGUCUGUGAGCAUCUUUGCAGUUUGCAGAAGGGUUCAACAUGUAUAGUUAACGCAGCUAGUGAUAGAGAUAUGGCUGUUUUUGCAGCUGGUAUGAUUCAGGCAGAAUUGAAGGGAAAACGAUAUUUGUGUCGUACUGCUGCUAGUUUUGUUUCUGCUCGGAUUGGAAUUACAGCAAAAGCUCCAAUCUUGCCUAGUGAUCUUGGAAUCGGCAAAGGAAGGAGUGGUGGACUUAUUGUUGUGGGUUCAUAUGUCCCAAAAACCACCAAGCAGGUUGAAGAGCUGAAGUUACAAUGUGAUCAUAUUCUUAGAAGCAUUGAGGUUUCUGUUGAAAAACUUGCGAUGAAGUCACCACAAGAGAGAGAGGAGGAAAUCAGUCGUGCAGCUGAGAUGGCAGAUGUUUACCUCAAGACCUGUAAAGACACUCUAGUGAUGUCCAGUCGGGAACUUAUUACAGGAAAGACUCCUUCUGAGAGUCUGGAUAUCAACUUCAAGGUGAGCUCUGGGCUGGUGGAAGUAGUUAGAAGGAUAAAGACAAGUCCACGCUACAUUCUUGCAAAGGGUGGAAUCACCUCAUCAGAUAUUGCUACGAAGGCUUUAGAAGCAAAACGUGCCAAAAUAGUUGGACAAGCACUGGCUGGUGUUCCUUUGUGGCAGUUGGGCCCAGAAAGUAGGCAUCCAGGAGUUCCCUACAUUGUUUUUCCAGGAAAUGUUGGUGACAGUAACGCCCUGGCCGAAGUGGUAAAAUGUUGGGCGCGCCCAGUCAGACUUUCUUCAACUAAGGAGCUGCUUGCUGAAGCAGAAAGGGGAGGAUAUGCUGUUGGAGCAUUCAAUGUGUAUAACCUUGAAGGGGUUGAAGCAGUUAUUGCUGCAGCAGAAGAGAAAAAGAGUCCUGCUAUUUUGCAGAUCCAUCCUAGUGCUUUAAAACAAGGAGGGACACCAUUGGUGGCAUGCUGCAUCUCUGCUGCUGAAGAAGCAACUGUGCCUAUUACUGUGCAUUUUGAUCAUGGUAGUUCCAAGCAAGAACUAAUGGAAGUUCUUGAGUUGGGAGUUGACUCGGUCAUGGUAGACGGUUCACACCUACCCUUCAGGGAGAAUAUCUCAUACACAAAAUAUGUUUCGUCUUUGGCACAUGCAAAGGGUAUGACGGUGGAAGCUGAGUUAGGCAGAUUAUCUGGAACAGAAGAUGAUUUGACUGUAGAAGACUAUGAGGCAAAGUUGACUGAUGUAGAUCAGGCUCAAGAAUUCAUUGAUGAGACUGGUAUUGAUGCCCUGGCAGUGUGUAUCGGUAAUGUUCAUGGGAAGUACCCUGCAAGUGGGCCAGAGCUUCGGCUUGAGUUGCUUAAGAACCUCUAUAACUUGGCUUCAAAGAGUGGAGUCUUUCUCGUUCUUCAUGGAGCCUCCGGAUUGCCUAAAGAACUUGUCCAGAAAUGCAUAGAGCUUGGAGUUAGGAAGUUCAACGUAAACACGGAAGUACGGAAGGCGUACAUGGACAGCCUGAAAACCCCUCAGACAGACCUUGUCGGUGUCAUAGCGGCUGCUAAGAUAGCCAUGAAAGCUGUGGUUGCAGAGAAGUUGGAUUUAUUUGGUUCAACAGGAAAAGCAAGCUAACCAUCUUCAUGCAUUUACAACUAUUUGUUCUCCUUGUACACUGUAAUAGGAUAUAUUGGGUACGUUUGGUACGUCAUAACUUCUUUGUUCCGAUUCAGUAAUCUUAUGGUAGAUUGGUUGUAUUUGGGACUUUUGUACCAUUGAUUUGAUGUACAACAUUAUUUGUUUUCCAUAUUUUCUUCUCUUUUAAAUUACCAUUGAAGGUUUGUACUAA